AUGAUUUUAUGUUCGAACAACGAUUAUAUCGAUUAUGGCGGUGCCGCCAUCCCAAAGCGAUUCUCGUCCUACCUCCCAAGGACGGAGAUCUCUAAUCCGUCAGCUAUUGAUCCUAUCGAUCGUACGCACCUCAAUCGGAACACCUCAUGCUUCUGCGGUUCCGUAAUCUCUUACGUACACAAGUCGGCGAUGCUACUGAUCGCUGCUGGAUUCCUCGACUGA